CGCGAUUCAUCAUGCUGUCUCCCUGGAGACUCGGCACCCUCGUGGGCCUCCUCGCCGCCGUCGAUUCUGUCCUCGCCAUCGGCCAGGCCACCUGCGUCGCGUUCAAGUCAGCGCCGUCGACGUUCCCCAUCGUGUCCGGCGGCAGCGGCACGCCCAUCUUCCUGUCCGAUGACGACUGGCCCGGCGUGCAGCGCGCCGCAAUCGACUUUGCGAUGGAUAUCCAGCGCGUCACGGGUGUGAUGCCGUCCAUGGCGAACAUCACGGCGACAGCGGGCACUAAUGCCUCGAACGCGAUCAUCGUAGGGACGCUUGGCCGUUCAUCCCUCAUCGACGCCAUCGUCAACAACACGAAGCUCGACGUAUCGUCCGUUCAGGGCCAGUGGGAGUCGUUUUUGGCGAAGGAGGUCAAGAACCCGCUUCCUGGCAUCGAUUCUGCAUAUGUUAUGAUUGGUGCCGACAAGCGUGGGACUAUCUUCUCUAUGUAUGAUCACUCCGAGCAAUUCGGUGUAUCUCCCUGGUACUGGUGGGCUGAUGUCCCUUCAACCCAACACUCGGAACUCUUUGUCACUUCGUCCGGAUGUGCGCACGCCUCACCGACAGUGAAGUAUCGCGGUAUCUUCCUGAAUGACGAGCAGCCUGCUCUGCAAAACUGGGCAUUUGUGAAGUUUACGAACGGCACUGGCGCGGCCCUCACCGGGUCGCCGUUCAACCAACUCUUUUACACGAAACUUUACGAACUCAUUCUCCGUCUAAAGGGGAACUAUCUUUGGCCCGCACAAUGGAGCAGCGCAUUCGCGGUGGACGAUCACCUGAACCAGGUCCUCGCAGACUGGUACGGCAUCGCUAUGGGCACAAGCCACGAGGAACCGAUGACGCGUAGCACGCCCGUCGAAUGGACUCUCUUCGGUGACGGCCCCUGGGAUUACAGCGUUAACAUGCAGAACAUCUACAACUUCUGGCUCGCCGGCACCGAGCGCGCGGAGCCGUACGAGAAUGUUUACACCAUGGGCAUGCGUGGUGAUGGUGAUGAGCCGCUCGCUGAGGGCCAGGACAUAGGGCUCCUGGAACAGGUCAUCUCAGACCAGCGUGGAAUCUUGUCCAAGGUGUUCAACACCUCGGACGUCACGACCAUUCCCCAAAUGUGGUGUCUAUACAAGGAAGUUGAAGGCUUCUACGAUGACGGCAUGACCGUGCCGGACGACAUCACCCUGCUCUGGACCGAUGACAACUGGGGCAACAUUCGUCGGUUCCCUACUAUUGCGGAGCGCAAUCGCACUGGCGGUGCUGGUGUCUAUUACCACUUCGACUAUGUCGGUGACCCGCGAGACUUCAAGUGGAUUACAUCCAGUCAGCUCUCUAAAACCUACGAAGAAAUGUCGCUCACCGUCGACCGUGAAGCUACCCGCAUUUGGAUCGUGAAUGUCGGUGACCUAAAGCCGUACGAGAUGGAUAUUGAGUUCUUCCUCACCCUCGGGUGGAACGCCUCGAUCUGGAAUCCGAACAAUGUCGCGUCCUUCGUCAAUAGUUGGGCGGAGCGCGAGUUCGGCAUGUCGACGGAGGACGCGGCCACCGUCGCAAGCAUCCUCGCGAACGUGACCCGCUUCAAUGCGCGCCGUAAGCCUGAGCUGCUCAACUCGACGGUGUACAGUCUCGUCAACUACCGCGAGGCGGAACAGAUGCUCGCGGAUUGGCAGAACCUGAACACAACCGCCGUGCGCCUCUACAACUCGGUCUCGUCCAACAAGCAGCCCGCGUUCUUCCAGCUGGUGCUGCACCCGGUGCAGGCCUCCGCAACGCUUGGGACAAUGUGGAUCUUUGCCGGAAUAAACAACCUCCGAGCGUCGCAGGCACGCGUUAGCGCGAACGAGUACAAGACGAAGGUAGAGGAGCUCUUCGAGACAGACUUUGCACUCGAAGAGGAAUAUCAUAGCAUCCUGGAUGGCAAGUGGUCCCACAUGAUGGACCAGACGCAUGUCGUGUACGCUUAUUGGCAACAGCCUAUGCACAACACCAUGCCGUUGGUGACGAAGGUUCAGCAAAAGAAGCAGGCCCUAACUGGGCCCAUGCGCAUUGCCCUCGAGAACAGCCUGGGCGCGUGGCCAGGUGAUAACAUGAAUGACUGCGCGGCACAAUUCUCGUGUGGACCGCCGACGAUCGCUCUUGACCCCUUCGUACCAUUUGGCAAUACUUUUAUCGACAUCGGCGCCGGCGGGCCCACAUCAUUCACGUGGAAUAUCUCAUCGAACGUGUCGUGGCUCCAGAUCUCGCCAAGCAGUGGCUCGAUAAGUCCGAGCAACCCCGAGACGCGCGUGUUCCUCAGCGUCGACUGGAGCAAUGUCUCGGGUGCCGAGAUCGCGAACCUCAACUUUUUGUCGAACUCCGCUAAUCAGACGGCCCAAAGCGCGUUCUUCCUCGCGAACAAGACCGUCGUACCGGAUGACUUCCACGGCUUCGUUGAGGGAGACGGUGGUAUUUCUAUUGAGGCUGCUCACACUUCGCGUAACACUAGCAUUGACGGUAUCACCUGGAUCGAACUCCCUGAAUAUGGCCGCACCCUCUCUGCCAUCACGCCCUGGCCUCGCGGUGGCGAUGAGCUGAACUUCACCGCAGGCGCCGGCCCACAUGUCGAGUACGACUUUUACAACUUUAACACGAUCGGCCAAGCGGGUAACAUCACGGUGAACACGGUAGUCGCGCCAACGUUCAAUAACUACGGCCCGUCUGCCAACAUCUCGGUGGCGGUGUCUAUAGACGACCUCGAGCCCCAGACGACGGCCUUCUUCCCGACGGCGCCGGCUGGCGGGACCCCGCCACAGUGGGACGGCACGGACGGCUUCGUCGCAGACAGUUUCAUCAACGUGCCGAACAACUUCACCAUCUCGCCCGGCGCACACACGCUCAAGAUUUGGAUGACAGAACCGACAGUUGUUGUACAAAAAAUCAUCAUCGACACUGGAGGAGUGCGCCAGAGCUACCUGGGUCCCCCGGAGAGCAUCCGCGUGUAAAAAUUCUCAGACGAGAAGUAUUGGUAGCAUCGCCUCAAUGGACUGUACACAUGCAAUCUUCAAUGCACUAUCAUCGGAAACAUACUGAUACAGUGGGUCAUGGAUACAUUAUGCUGCAACUGUAUGAUUGUGCUUCUCUUUCGGUCGGGCGCGGCCUACUCGACGGUUUUCUUGAGCGUGCGGAGCUCGUCUGCCGAGAUACCCCACCUGACAGCGAGGGCAUCGUCACCGCCCGUCUUUUUGCUCUGUUCCUGCAGGUACGCCGAUAGGGUGCGCUUUUGCUCGGGACUGAGCUGGCCUUGGCAGCUUGUGACAUACGUAAAGAGCGCGUGCACCAGCUUCUCCUCAAACUCGGCGUCGCCAAGCUUCUCCCCGUCGGGGCCGUGUGGCACAGGGCUGACAAGCGCGUCGAUGAGCGCCUGGAGCAGGCCCUGGUUUUCGAGCGCGUCGCGCGUGAGCUCGGACGUCGAGGACGACAAGGGGUCCACGGCCAUCGACGCGUGCGAGUUCGGGUGCACAGGGUCCUGGCGCUGCUGGCCACCCUCGGUUGGGUGGAGCACUACGCCAUGGCUGUCCGCAGCUGCACCAGCGUUCGCGGCUGCCGCCGCGCGAGGGUUCGGUGGAUUUAUGUGCGGAACCUCGGGCACCGCGGGGAUGAGGAGAGCAUUGAGAAGGAAGGCAACCUUGCGCCGGACGGAGAUAUCCGAAUCUUGCAGCGCGGCCUUCAACGAGUCCCAGCCGUUCGCGUUCUGAAGCUGCUGGAGCGCGGGCUGACAGUGCUUCGUCAUCCCCGAGAGCGCAUAUACGGCCUUGGAGCGCAGCUUCGGAGAGCCGUUCGAGGGGUCGAGGACGGAGAGUAGUGCAUGCAUGGGUGACAGCGCAAGAUAGGCGUUCUGUGCUGCUGGAUUGUUUUGUACCGCAGUACCGACUAUCCACAGGGUUUGUGUCUUGAUAUCGUUUGACGAAGAGGAUGAUGUGAUCAGAUUGUGCAGAGGCUCCCACAUAUUGAGUUUAACCAGGUCAUUCGCGUUGUCGAUGUGCUCAAUCAACAUCUCGAUGUUAUCAAGAGCCUGUAACCUCUCAUCUUCGUCGCGCUUUUCAUCCAGAGCAACGGUAAGAUUUUCCUUCAUGAGCUCGGAGUCGGGCCUUCCCAGAAUCAUGUCAAUAAUCCUGGGGUCCAAAUCCUUGCGCU